AUGUAUCGUGGCUACGCCACACACUCAAUAACUAUAGGCGGAUAUUCAGACUUCUUAGGGGCCGCAGGGGCUCUGGGGGGCUGCGCAUGGACCCUCGGAGCGAUCACCAUCCUUGCAUAUGAGGGCGCCACCGGUGCAGAGGCGGCGCCGUCGUCAGCGGGAGCGACAGGAGCAGCGGGUCCAGGUAGUGAGGCGUCGACAUCAGAUGGUGCGAUCGCCGCCCUGCCAGCCGAAGGGGCGGCGGGCGGUGGAACGGUACCAGGCGGCUGUACUGGUGGCCCCCCCUAUAUCGAGGCGGCGACCUGGCGCCAGCCGAGGGUCGCCAGGGAAGCCUGGCGCACUUCGAAUAGUAGAAGUGCGCAUGGGCGCUUUGCCGAGGACUCACCUUCCGAGCCAGGGUCCACGGCUGAAAAUGGGCGGCGCACGAGGGUGGCCGUGGUGCGCGCAGGGAGGCGACACUCAUCGCGGAUCAGCGCCAACUCCUGCUGUUCGGCCUACGAAGACAAUUUAUUCAAAAAACAUGUUGAACCUUCAAGCCACACACAACGAUAG